AUGUUCCUCCUGGUCAUAUCAGGUUUCUUUAUACUCCUAUUCGUGUUGCAUAUCUUUACAAAAUAUGGGAGAAUAGGAUAUUUUUCUAGUCGAAUUGUGGGACCAAAAGCAUACCUCAUAAUAGGAAAUUUAUAUCAUCUUUUUACUCAAUAUAAACAUUUAAUCAAUAUUUCAGAACAAUUAUUAGAAAAACUUUGGAAAAUUAAUAAGGAAUUUUCUCCAAUUAACAGAUUGUGGUCAUUAUUUUUUUCAUUAAUAACUAUAAUUCAUCCGGAAGAUGUCGAGAUACUUUUGAAGAGUACGCAACAUCUAGAAAGAACUAUACCUUAUAAAUUCAUACAACCUUGGCUUUCCACUGGAUUAAUAACUGGAGCAGGAGAAAAAUGGCAACACCGACGAAAAAUUUUAACGCCAACCUUUCAUUUUAACAUCCUUAAACAUUUUAUUGUCACUUUUAACGAGGAGGCACAGUAUCUCGUAACAUUACUGAAAGAAGAAGGAAAAGGAGGAUCGAUUAUCAAAGAUUUACAGGAAUUUUUACCUGUACAUACUUUAAACGCGAUAUGCAGAAACGAAUUUGAAACUAAAUAUCGCCAUGCCAUUCAUGAUUUCGCCAGAAUAGCGGUCUAUAGAAUAGCAAGACCUUGGUAACAUUCCGAUACAAUAUUUGCAUUAUCGCAACGUGGUAGGCAACAAAAGAAAUUAUUAAAAACGCUUCACGGUUUUUCGAAAAAGAUAAUAGCAGAAAGGAUACUAUUUCACGAACAGACUAAGGGGAAAUAUUUACAAAAUUCGAAUAAUUUGAUGACAGAUCCCGUAUUCAAUAAAAGACUGGCUUUGCUAGACCUACUCAUAGCCGCUUCUCUGAAUGAUAAUCAACUCGAUCAAGAUGGAAUACGAAAAGAAGUCGUCACAUUUAUAUUUGCGGGUCACGAUACUACGGCAAUGGCGUUAUGUUUUGCUCUGCUUCUUUUUGCAAAACACAAAGAUGUUCAGGAACGUAUAAGAAAUGAAGUGAAAUCGGUUAUGCAACAAAGCGAUUGUAAACUAACUAUUCAAAUGAUUAGAGAAUUUUCAUAUUUGGAAAGAUGUCUCAAAGAAUCACUACGUUUAUAUCCAAGCAUUCAUUUUAUAGCUCGAUAUAUAUCUCAAGAUCUGCAAUUGAAAAAUUAUUUAAUCCCAGCCGGAUCAAUAUGUAAUGUAAACAUCUAUAGCUUACACAGAAAUCCAAAUAUUUGGACAAAUCCUGAUGUUUUCGAUGCGGAUAGAUUUUUACCAAAAAAUACAAAAGGACGUAGUCCUUAUUCCUUCAUUCCAUUCAGCGCAGGACCAAGAAACUGCAUCGGGCAGAAAUUCGCAAUGCUUGAACUCAAACUCAUAGUAGCUUACAUAUUGCACAACUUUUAUUUGGAACAUGCGAAUGGACUGGACGACGUUAAAAUAAUGAAAGGUAUUACUUUGCGCUUCUCAUAA